AUGUUCAGCUCUUUGAUUUGGAUGUUCAUCCUCCUCUGCAGCUCUGUAGCAGAUGAAAACUCUAUCAGAGAUGCUGUUAUUUUUCCUUCAUCUUCUGAAAUUCGAAGAGGAUCCUCCUUGAAACGUUCUUGUGUUCUUGGAAGACACAGUACACCUCGCAGAAAUGCAAACCACAUCAUCUGGAAACUGAAUCACGAACCAAUUCCUCCAGAAAACUAUAACAUUGUGAAUGAGACUGUAUCCAGCGUAACCAUCCAUAAUUUCACCUACAAAACAGCUCGUCUGAAAUGUUACAUUAAGUACUUGGGCAAAGAGCAACUUUUGGUUCACACAGAAGUUAAGUCUGGCUUUCCCCCAGAAAAACCACGAAAUAUUUCCUGCAUUUAUUUCUAUCGUGAUAAACUUGCCUGUACUUGGAAUUCAGGAAGAGAAACAGAUCUACCAACACACUAUACUCUUUAUAGAAAAGUGAUGAGAAGUGGAAAGGUGAAGUCUCUAGGAGGAGACAGCACAUGUGAGAGCAACACGACGUCAUGUACCUUUGUUCAUCCAGAUACUCCAUAUAGUGAUUUUCUCUGUUUUGAAGUGAAAGCUGAAAAUGCUUUGGGUGUAGUCAUGUCAGAAAGUGUUACUAAAUCUAUGGGAAAAAUAGAGAAAUUUGCCCCCCCUGAAAUACUUUCAGUUAAGAAAAUCACUGGUGUAAAGAAUUUGCUUACAGUAACCUGGAAAAUGCCUGAGAAGAUGAUCCCUUCACAAGAUUCAAUUUGCCAGAUUCAAUACAGAAACUUGUAUUCAAACCUCACAAAAUUUGUCACUGUCCCACUGAAAUAUCCACAGAAAAUAGGAACAUGUAAUCUCACAGGUCUGUGGGACUCAACAGAAUAUUCAGUUGCCAUUCGGUGUAUCAAUGUCAAUUCAAUAUUUUGGAGUGAAUGGAGUGAAGAGGAAAAAGGAAGCACAGAAGAGACAGCUCCUUUGGUAAAAAUGGAUUUGUGGAGGGUAAUUGAGUCUCCAAACUCAUCUGGAAGGAGAUAUGUACAUCUUAUGUGGAAGACAUUGAACAACUUUCCAGCUUCUCGGAGAAUUCUAGGCUACAAAGUACAGUAUUUUCCAGAAAACAAUGCUGCUCUUAAAAUGACAAACAGGUCUACUGCUCAGAAAAUCACUUUGCUUUUAAAUGAAGAGGCACAUAUAAUAUCUGUUACUGCCUAUAACUCUGCUGGAAAUUCUCCUGAAGCUGUUUUGAGGAUUCCAUCCACUCAUGAAAAAGCUUCUCAGAUGAUUGAAACAGUGAGUACCUCUCUGACAAAUGAAGAAGUGGUGGUGGAAUGGACAGCCUCCAAACCAGAAGCAUCUGAAUACGUAGUUGAGUGGUAUGAGGAAUUGGUCACGGAUCCUUUUGGCAGAUCAUGGCAAUAUGUGUUGAAUUCUACAAAGUGGACAACUAGCAAAAAAAACUUUAAACCAUUUAUAUGCUAUAACAUCUCCGUGUAUCCUCUUCAUGGAAAUAAAGUAGCAGCUCCAUAUUCCACACACACUUAUAUUCAAGAAAAAAGACCAUCAGAAGGACCUGUGGCUGACACAGCUGUUCUGGGAAAAAAUGAAGUCAUAAUAAGGUGGAAGGAGAUUUCACUGGAUAAAAGAAAUGGAUUUAUCACUAACUAUACAAUAUUUUAUAAACCUGAAGGUGGAAAACAAUUAAAUGAAACAGUGAACUCUGAUGUUCUGCAAUACAGACUGAAGUCCUUACAGGCUGAUACACAAUACCUUGUCUAUAUCAUGGCAAGCAAUAGAGCUGGUGGAACCAGUGGGGAGCCAAAAACCUUCAAGACUUUGAAACUGGAUAAAUUUGAUGUUUAUAUCAUUGCUGUACUUGUUGGAAUAAGCAUGUUGCUUCUGUUAGGCCUUUGGAUGACAUGCAUUUUGAAAAAGCACACGUUUAAAAAGGUUUGCUGGCCUGAUAUACCAAACCCAGCAGAGAGCAUUACAGUGGAGUGGCUUCUGGCUACAUCUGCGAAUAGUUCACUAUUGAAGAGAGUGGCAUCUGAGGCUACAACUCGAGACUUUGAAGACAUAAGUGUUUUGGAACAUUGUUUUCCUGUGGAAAGUCAGGAAGGAUCACUGCCAACGAAUUACGAAGGUCAUGUUUCUGAACGUACUGGUACUAAUGCAAAAGGCAUGAUUAGUGGGGAUAAAAAGAUACUGUGUAAUGAAGAAAAUGAAGCUGCUAAAUGUUUUUCGCCAUCCAUGCUUUAUGUAAUUACUGAUGAUUUUACCAGAAGUCAAAUGGAUUCAGCUCUGACCCCAGUGAAGGAAAUCCAACCCACAGAAAUGCUGGCAAACAAUUUGUGUGGAUCCCAACAGACUUCAGUUAAAAAUGAAGAAAAUGAUGCUGAGGAAGAUUUCAAGGUGGAAGAUUUCAAUGAAAAAGCAGCAUUCAACCCAUACCUUAAAAAUUCUGUUAGAACAAGGGAAUUUCUUAUUUCUGAGAGCUUGCCAGAGCCCAGUAUGGAUGAACGCAAAAGCCAGUCAGGUGUCUUACCUCCUCUUCAGCAAAACGGUGCAGGACAAUCCUACAUAACAUUGGACAUGUUUGGGAUGGCCACGGGCCAAUAG